UGGUCUUUCAAUUGUCCAGGUCAGAGCAGCUCAUCACCUCUGGACUUGGUCCUGGAGUCCAUGAUUACCCACUGGACCGCGGGGCGUAUACGUAGGAGCACCCACCGACCUCCACCAGACCACAAGCAGUUCACAACAUGUCAGAGAGCCCCGCUGUACGUGGACUUUGCUAAGAUCGGCUGGUCCGGGUGGAUAAUAUCACCCAGAGGCUACAACGCCUACCAGUGUGUGGGGUCCUGCCCGUUCCCUCUGGGUGGGAGUUUAAGAGCGACCAACCACGCCAUCGUUCAGUCUAUAGUGGACGCUCUGAAACUCUCCAGCAAGGUGGAGCAGCCAUGCUGUGUGCCGGAUGUGCUGCACCCGAUAAGCCUGCUGUACUUCGAUGAUGAGGAGAAUGUUGUACUUAAACAGUAUGAUGACAUGGUGGCUGGUAGCUGCAGCUGCCACUGAACCUGUUUAUUAUGUGUCUUUAUUUUCAUAUACUGUACACUGCCUGGCCAAAAAAAAAGUCACCUCAAAAAAAAGCUUCUGCAAUGUCACAAGAUUUAUUUCAAUCCAGUGUUGCAUUAAUUUUUCACCAAGAUCUUGCAGCAGCAUUGAUGAUGGUAGAGUCUGACCACUGCACAAAGCAGCUCUUCUCCAUCCAGCACAUCCCAAAGAUUCUCAAUGAGGUUAAGAUCUGGACUCUGUGGUGAACUCUCUCUCAAUCCAUGUGUGAAAAUGAUGAUCUCAUGCUUCCUGAACCCUGAACUCUUUCACAAUUCCAGCUCCAUGAAUCCUGAUAUUGUCAUCUUGGAAUAUGCCCGUGACAUCAGGGAAGAAAAAAUAAAUCCAUUAAUCCAGGAAUAACCUGGUCUAUAUUCAGUAUAUUCAGGUAGUCAGCUGACCUCAUUCUUUCAGCACAUACUGUUACUGAACCUAAACCUGCAGACCAACUGCAGCAUCAACCAACCCCA